AUGCCGUCACACAUCGCGCAAGCAAGCGGCAUCCAUCCGGGAAUCCAACGUCGAGCUAGAGGCCGUGUUGUAACCAGCGUGCUCAGACCUGCCGUUGCGGAACUCGACUAUCACGUAUCUAGCUCUCUGAGCCACCGCGAACACACCACGCUUGGCUCUUCCGCUGCUCUCGCCUCACAACGCUUGCGAGUUGCGCAAACGGCUAUUGGAACAGGAGGGAACUUGUUGCCGUGCCCCUCUCUCGUCGCGAACCCGGGUCACUCCCAGCUGUUAGAGCUCGUGUCUAUUCUCUCCCCACCCGACCCGUCUGCCGAUGAAACGGCCAGCACACCUCCCGCCCCGUCUGUUCACUCCACACCGAAGCGAAAGUUCGAGGAAGCCUUUGUUGCCGGGUCCGGAGAGCCUCCGUCGGUACCCCCGACCCCAACAUUGCCACCUCCCCCGCCGACCUACCACAACCACUCCAUCAAGGGCUUCGUGCCGGUCGGCGGGCCGGGAGCUGGGCAUGGGCAGGCUUACGAUGAAAGCAGAAGCAGUGCAGGAUUUGCCGUCAUGAGUGGCGUUGAUGACAAAAAGGCUGUCAUCAAACGGCAGCCCAUGCGGUCGAGCAUUGCUUGUCUCCGAUGUCGAAAGUCGAAGAUUAAGUGUGACAAUGACGGAGGCUCCUCACCUUGCGAGACAUGCAUCAAACAAGGGAAGGAUUGCAAGUAUCCAGAAGCCACGCCCAUACCGCCCAAGCGAAGCGAUCCUCCCACUGGCAUCAAGACUGAGCGCGAUGCAGGGUCAGACCGGAAGCGUCUCAAGAAGAUCGAAGAUGUGUCGCGAACAGAAGGCCAGUAUUCGGCCGCAGCUCACGCUGAUGACGUUCUGUCCGCACACUAUCUUACACCGAAACUGUGGUCAGAGGUAUUCGAUAUCUAUAGGCUUCACUUCGCCACUGAGCUGCCGUUUCUUCACAUACCAACACUCAAGGAGAACAUGGGCAACAAGUUCAGGGCAAACCAAAAGGACGCCUCCCCGGACACUAACCUUGUGCUGCUCGGAGUUCUCACCCUUACAGCCCGAUUUCACCCAGACUUAGUCAAAUAUGCUACCCACACAGCCAGCUCGCAAGCCGGGGCUAUCAAGAGUCGGCCUCUACAGAACAAACCAGACUCAUCUGCUGCAUCCGAAUACUUUGCUGAGGCUUUGAGGAAAGCUUUGGGCCCAUUGGGCACAACCAUGACCACGGCCUCGGUAGAGAGGGUUCAAGCUUUCCUGAUGUUGGGCUUGUAUGAGUGGAGUCAAGUGCAGCCGAAGACGGGUGGUUUGGGUGCGUGGAUGUACGUGGGCGUCGCCAUUCGGAUGGCUCAGGCGCUAGGCCUUGGAUUCGGUGACAAACCCGACGCCAAGUCUCGAGCCAGAGCAAAUCGAUCCAGCAAGAGUUCAUCACCGAGGAUAGCUGCCUCACACCCGGAGUUGAUGAUAGCAAAGGAGAUAAAGAGGAGGACAAUGUUUAGUUGCCUCAUCCUUGACCGCCUACUUGCCUGUGGGAAGGAGCGCGUGCCAACCAUCAGAUCCGAGGACCUCCAAAUCCAGCUACCGUGCAACGAGUGGGCGUUUGACCUAUCGAAGGACGUGAGGACUGGAUUCCUGAACGGGUCACCCGACGAUCAAGGUCCCAGAGAUGUGGAGGACGACAGCGUGCUUAGCAGAUUCGUACGGCUAGUGGACCUUUGGGGUGAGAUUUCCAAGUUCAGCUUCGCUGGUGGUCGCCUGGUUGAGGUCUACCCUCCAUGGGAUACGCGAACUAAAUUCUUCCAACUUCGGAAGAAGCUCGAAGCAUUCUAUGCUGACCUACCAUCGACUUUCACCCUGUCGACAUCAAACUAUCAUAGGCAUGAAAAUCAUCAAGCGUCGAGUGUAUAUGUAUCUCUACAUAUGCUCGGUAGCGUCUGUCAAAUCAUGCUACAUCGCGAAUACAUCCCUUUCCUACCGAUUCGCUGCGACAGGCCUGUUGGUCCUCUGGACGAGCCAACUUUUCCGGCCGGCGAAUACGACAUUCCGAAAGGCUUCUGGGAACACAGUGCAGAGCAGGUCUUUAAGGCUGCCAAGGACAUCGUCGAUGUGAUCGAAAUAUGCCGCGAAAAGCUACCCAUGUCUGCACUGGUUCUUUUCACAAUCUGGACAGCGGCCUUCGUUGGGCAAUAUGCGUGGCACUUUCCACACAUGGAUCAGAAAAGGCACAUGCUAGUUGACGAUGACGAGGAUGGCAAUGUUUCUGAGUCUGAGAUGGAUAUGACAAAAGUCGGCCCGACCGGGAUCUGUCACCAAACUCUCGUGCGCUUCUCCGGAUGGCUGAAGAUGGCUUCAACUUAUCUGGGCUAUUUCAAGGAUCUGGACAAUUACAUGGCCAAGAUCAAAAUCGAAUACCACGGACUCGUCCACGGGAACAACAAAGCCGAGACCGCUCCCCAAGAUGAUGGCAAGCACCCGAUUCACGGCGGAGGACUGGAGGAAUGGAAAAUCCAGAACUCGAAGAUCAUCAACAACGGCAUGAUCAUGGCCGAGGAUGAUCGACACGGGCCAUACGAUUGCUCAGAUCAGUCAAGGGCAAGCCCAACGGAACGCGGGUCUCCGACGGGACCCGACACCCACCUCGCGGGAAAGACCCCGCGCUCCAUCCCGUCCAUGUUUACCGCGAUUAAUAACACAACCGCCGGGGGACGUCAUGAAGUGCUCGCCUUGGGAUCGUCACCGAAAAUUGAUGGUCUCUCAGGCUCGGAUUAUACGAGGGCUGGGCCUGUGCCCCAGGCAGGCCCACUUUCGCCACCGCCUCCUCCUCACUCUCUGUCUGGGACUCACGACCCGGACGUGAUUCCAGAGGCUCGAUUGCUCGACAUUCUUAGCGAGAAUGAGUCCAUGCGGAUCGCUGAAGCUCUAGAAGGUCUUGGUGGAGGCGACAUCCAGGGCUUCUCUUACGGAGAUAUACCAGAGGCCAUGCUCUUCGGGCACACCCUGCCUGGUCUACCGUAUGGGACUCUGAGCAAAUGGCAAAUGGCGGAGGAGACAGAGACGGGAUAG